AUGACACUAAUUAGAGUAACUUCCCUUGUGGAUUUCCUGGCUUGGGAAACAACUCGUCUGUUAGUCUGACGAAAGAGUUCCUGUUCUAGACGAAUAAACUACUUGCCUGUGCUCAAGCUGUCGCUAUGGAUGCGGAAUGACACCUACAGGCGUUCAAGUGAUUUAGAGGGGCGUUCUUGUUUGUGUUCAGGAACAGACCCAUGCACGAAGCUGUAACAUUACGACUUUCGAAAUUGCACUGCUGACCGGCAUGGCAGAUUCAGUUAUAAGAUAUGCAGAAGAUCCUCGAGGAAUGGAAGAUACAAAUGUAUCAACCUUGCCUACUUCGGCACAAAAUAUUCUGCCUCAAUCCAUCACAACAGGCAUGAUCCUGCCUUUCGUACCUAUUACAGAGCCGCCAUGCCAGUGGAUCUUGUAUUCAGAUAUUGGUAACUCGAGAGUUCAAAUCUGGGAUGUGAUGAUCCUUGUGCCUAAUGCCUUGUUCUUGGUGUUCCUACUAUGGAGGCUUGGCAGCAACAUUGACAAGCUUCGAGCAAGCAGCAGCCCUAUAUUUACAGCAUUUAUUGGAUUGGUAUUGAUUGUAUCAGUCAUUGGUGUCUUGCGGUGCAUAGUUUCCAUGACAGUAGAUGCAUCUGAGGUGGCAGGCGAAAUGGCAGACAAGAUGCUGUGGCUUAUCCUUCGAUUCUUUCUGCUGGGAACAGAAGCAUCUGUUGUCAUCUUUGGUGUUUACUUUGGUCACCUAGACAGCAGGACAAGCAUCAGGCGCGUUCUUAUCUGCACUUCUCUUUUUGCCCUUGCGUACUCCUUUAUUCAGGGUACACUUGAGCUGAAAAACCCACAUUUGAUAGUCAGUGUUAGACACACAGAUAACACAACAGAGAACUAUGACAUUUUUGCCCAUGGUGGAAUGAUCUUCCUGUGUUCAAGCUCUGCUCUUUUUUUUGUGGUGUAUAUGAUCAUCCUAGUCUUGCCACUGACAUCAUUAAGACACCGAUUUACUUUGCCAACAAAACGUACUUUCUACUAUUAUGUGGGAUUCCUGGCAACACUGAAUCUGACACAGGCUGUGGGCAGUCUUCUCUUGUAUUACGGUGUUAACAACAGCCUUUGUGUGAUUGAUGUGACAACUUAUCUGUACUUCACAAUUUUUGCCCCAAUGGUUUAUGGAACUUUUCUGUGGAAGUUCUUGAAUCCAUCUGGUUCGUCUGUGUUUGUCCGUUUGUAUCAAUGCUGUUUCAGAGCAAACCAGGCUGGCAUCUUUUUCUCCUACAAGCACCAGGUGGAUGAAGUUCUGGAUGAUGACCAACUCAGUUUGCCAUACCAGACACCGUUUGCUAAGACUGAGGCUGAUGCCAUGGUGGUUGACAACUUUGUCCACUCCACACAGUUUGACCACCAGGCCAACCAUUCAUCUGCGGUACUUCCACAUCAUUCACAUACCACUAAUUCUCCUCAGCCGAGCAUCAACAGUGAUUAUUACCACAUCUCUACCUGAAAAAAGCAACCUGCAGGUCUAUAUUGGGACUGUUUGCAUUUAAGUACUGCGCAAGUACUCAUGAAACAGAGUCAUUUGUUUACUGAUCCUGUAGGUAUCCUGUAAAUCCUAUUUAAAAUACAGGACAUAGCGAUGAGUCAUUUGUUCAGCAUAGUUCUGUGGAGGAUAAGUCAUUAAUCUAAGAUCUUGAUAUAUUGAUCUAGUGUGGCAUGGUUUUGAACAGCACACGCUUUUGCACUGUACAGAGGUGAAAGGGGAAAUGUGGAUGAUUCAUAAGAACAGCAUAAUAAAAAGUAAGCGGUCUCAAAGCAGAAAAGGUGCAUUGCAGUAUCACACCUUGCAUAAACUGCUUUUCUUAGGAUCAUACUAUAGUGUUCCUGGUGUUAACAAGAUGAAAUCAGAUGUUGUCUCUUGUGUAAACUCAGUAUUGCAUUUUAAAGUGUGUCUUGGUAGGAAAUGUCAGUAACAUUUUACAUGCAUAUUAUCCACUCUGAUGUCAAAAGUGGUAGAAAUUUCCUUACAUGCUGUUCUGUGAAAUGGCCUUCUGAUUGUGAUACAUGAAACAUGUACGUAAAAUGUUUGUGUAAGACUGCUUUUUGUUUACUGGACCCAUAUCAGAAAUUCUUUGCCAGCGGUUUUCUUCUUUUUAUCAUACUUUAAUAUGCUGCUGGCUAAUUUCCCUCUGAUAUCAUUCCAGCAUAUCCUGAGCAUUUCAAACAUUUUUAUUUGGAAACUUUUUUAAUUACAUUUAAAAAAAUUUUUGAAAUCUAUGAUUAAUGUUGACAUAGAAAGGGCAUCUACAACUCAAAAUUUUCACCAAAAGCUGCAUCAAAGAAAUGAGUUGACUCCAGUUUCUUACCUAUUGUGUAAACCAUUAAAAAACCUCAGAAUUCUGGCAGAACUGGCACUACAGUUUCAAGAGUGUUUAUGUCUUAAUUUUGCUGUUUCUCAUUAGAGAAAGCAGAGGAAUUCAGUUGCAAUCACUUCUUUACUUCCUGUCAGUCUUACACUUUGCAUAUAAAUCUCUCACAGUUUUUGUAAGCUGCCCAACUCUUCCCUUGCCUGCAAAUACAAGUUUCUGUAUAUUUCAUCCUAAUGAGGCUAAAAUGGAUAUAAGGCUAAAGUUUUUCUUAUUUCCUCCUCGUCCCUCCACCCACAACCCACCCACUCACAGUCUGGUUUUGGAUCUUUUGAACUAUGGGAAGUGGCUAACAUAGAGGUUAGUGUAUUGGCAAGGCCGAAGACAUGUACACUAGCUGGUGCAACACCUGUGUAGUUCAAUGUACUUUCCUCUCUCUGAGUUGAUGAAUUUAUUAGAUGGGUGCCUAACUCCUUUAGAAAGCUAUAAAAGGAAAGGCAAGUAGAGAGAAUGAGCACUGUCCUUGCAAAAAGGCUGGUCCUGAUAUUAGUGUUGUCUUUAACACUUCACUCCCCCAUGACUAAAAGGUGAGGAGACUACAUGUUUUUUACAGGUCAGAAGAGUUUGUUGUUUUUUUUUGCCCUGUAAUCAGUGUUGUGCUAUAUUUAGCUACUUUUUUUCCAAUUUCUGUAAUAAAAGGUCUUACAGCAAAAGGGUAAUGUGGUAUUAGACAUGUCUAGGACUACAGUUAUUUUGUAAACACACUUGCCAAAAUAUCACCAGUUUUGUAUUGCUCUAUGAAGACCUGAUAGCAAGGAGGGUAUGGCAGCUAAAUGUUGCAGUUCCUCUUUAGUGUGAAAGGUUUUGGUGUAACUUUGAAAUUUUUAUACCUCCACAAAUGCACCAUGACCACAUGAUAAAAAGUAUUUUCUUGUAUACCAGGACCUCUAAAAUGAUCCAACUGGGUUUGAAGCACAUCUUGUACUGAGUGAAUCAGCCUUGUGUGCUCUUUCAGAGUUAAAAUUUUCAUGAUUCAUCUGUCGAUUAUUUAUCUUUGCAUCUCAUCAUGGGAUUUAAAAAUGAUGGAGACGGGGAAGUAGAACAUGGUGGAAUGUAUCCUGCCUACAAAUUUCUAGCAGGCGUUAGUAAAGUUUCAUGUGUCGAAGUCAUUUGCAGCCAGAUCCUCAGAACUCCCACUUUCUGUCACCUAAAGUGAGGUUAGCAUUCACAUGAUGCUUGUUGAUGAAGUUUAAAUAUCACUUUCUCCACACUCUGGCUGAUGGAGCUUCAGCUUUACAGGUUAGCUGCUUCAGUGCAUCUAGUCAGCCUUUUAGUGGCAUGGUAAUAGCACGUAAUCUUUUAUAUGGUUCCCUGCUUCACUCAGUUGAAGCAAAAAUUGGAUCUGGCGUUUUUUUCAAACGUGUACUUAAUUUUUUUUUUUUUUUGCUUUUCUUAAUUGUGUUCAGUCAUUAUUGUAUUUGGAACACUACACUUAUUUUUUUCAUUGUUGUUAUCAUAUCAUUUCAUAUUGAGAAAAUAUGCCCCUGUCUUUUUAUGUUUAUUUUUUCAUAUCUUACUGCCAUCAUUCGUCUUGGUGGUCUGUUCUCAGCAUCACUAAUUAUCCUGUGCCUGUGCCCAUUCCUUAUGUGUCUCAUUGUCCAUUCUGUGGAUUCCUCUUGUAUCAUGGUUAUCAUGUUCUGUAUUGGUUUCUUAAUUUGUUAAAGGCUGGGUUUUUUAAAAAAUAUAUUGCAUGUUAUUUGUAAUUUGUAUUUCUGCUGGUGGUGUUAUCACAAUAAUUUAUUGGCAGAGCAGAAUCUGGUGGAAAAUAUGCAUGCAAAUGGUAAAUAUCUUUCAUUUUCCUGUUUGUUAUAUUUCAAUAAUGUUCAUUUUUGUAGUAUAUUCUAUAUUUAUCAAUCAUAAACACUACAGAUGCUUAAUGAAAUGUUAUCAAAAUUAUUGAAAAUCCUGGUGAUUUUUCUACAUUCAUAUGUGAUUAACAUGAUUCUUUUACAGGUAUGAGAUUUUUUUUACUAAUUUUAAUUUCAAAACAAAAUUUUAGUUAAUCCUAUAGCUGCUAUCAUUAUGUACAGAGAAUUCUGUAAUCCGACAAGGUUCAAUUCAUAGGCCAUCUAAACAAAAUGUAUGCUUAGUGACUGGGUGAACAGUGGUUGUGUUGGCAUUUACAAAAGUAAUACUGAUAUCACCAUGUACAUAUACUAUAGCAUUGAGGAUCUUUCAAUGUUCUCUUGUUAAAUUAUCCUAAAAGAGGGAAAUGGCAUUAACGGCUAAGAAAAUGCAGACUUACUUUCAUGUGGGAGAGGGAAAUGAAAAGCUUUGAGAGGCUCAUUAUUUGUGUCUAUCACAAUAUAUUGAAAAAAUGUUACAAUUAUCAUUAAUAAAUGACAUAACUAUAAAUGAAUAUUUAACUGCUUUUAAAGUUACAGGAAAUUAUAACAAUAUGCCAUAAUCAUAAAUUUGCAAAGAUCACAAACAUCUCUUUGAAGAUCACAAAUGCUUGUGGUGAAGUCAAAUGUGUGAAGGUCAGAGAAGUAAUCAAAGACUAUGUGAUUAUGAUGAGACUAAUCCAUAUGUUAACACGUAGUCCAUUCAUUAUUUAUAUCUGCAGCUAUAAAAGUCCCAGGAUAUAUAAUGACAAAAAUGUAAGAAUCCAGGAGUGGAGGUAGUGUUUUAGUUAUCUGGAGUGCAUGGAUUUUGUUGCCCUGAGCAGUUUGCUUAUUCCUCAUUUUGGUGGCUGAAGCUUAGUGUCGUGUUUAGCGCAAAUUAAUAGAAGCUUGCAUAUUUCUAUUCCAAGAAGAAAAUGGUCGUUAUAGUUGUGAAAUGGACUUCCCAAAAUUAAGGUGGAUUCUCACUUUCCCAUACCUGAGCAGGUAGACAUGAAAUUUAAGUAUGAAGACAUCCUUGACUUGCUUCACUUCCUCUGUGUUUUACUCCAAGCUACAGUUUAGCAUCAGCUACAAGAACUGAGAACUGUUUAUGUGGUACACUUAAUUUGUGCUUCAGCAAACACUACAAAAAGACUUGAGAUGAGCAGUCUUUGCUGCUUUACAUUCCUGUAACCUAACAAAAUGCCAUCUCUGCUACUGUAAUGUUCAUUCUGUUAAGUAUCUUUCACCAAGUUGCAAAUGAAUAACCUCAAGGAAAUUGUCAGUUUAACUGUUUCCUUUAAAGAAGAGUGCUUUUAAAAGAGCAAGAACGUUCAUGUAAUGUUGCUUAUUAUAUAGCAAUGCUUUAAUUUAGCUUGGCAACUUCUUGAAUAUGAUGUCUGAAGAAGAUCAAGAAAAAUAAAGCUUUGAACUUUUC